UCCGUAUCCGCGCCUUCGCGGUCUGGAUUCCAGGGCGCGAUCCCGCGGCUGCGCGGUCGCAUGGAUGUGUUCCGCGUGGGGCGUCCGCGAACAGACCGCGGCCCAGGGGCCAGCCCGCGACGCCGCAGGCACGGAUGCGUCCUUCGCCCACGAAGGCCAGCUUCGCCCGCCCGCGGUGACCCCUCUGGGCGGACGCCCGGGGCAUGCUGGACGCCGGCAGCUCCUGCACGGGCUGGGCGGGCGCCUCGGGGGAGCCUUCCAAGGCCCUGCCGGCCCCGCUGGUCGACGGGCACGGGGACGCCUCCAUUCUAGCCGCGCGCGAGGCGCCCCUCGCGGAGGCCCAGCGGGCCCUCUCUGGCGCCCUCGCCGAGGCCUUCGCGGGCCUCCACCGCGCGCAGCAGAUCCUCGAUGCGGACCUCUGCGGCGCCCUCGCCGAGGAGCCGGCGCGGGCUGCAGGAGGGCUGCGGCUGCCCACCUCCUGCUUCCCUCGGCUGCAGCACAGGGACGCCGCCGAGCCGCCGGCGAGCACCGUCCCCGCCGUGGAGCGCGGCGCGGUGUCUGGCACGGUGGCGGAUGUGUUGAGUUCCGCUGAGGUGGAGCGCCACCAAAAGCGGCACAACUAUUCCGAGGAGGUCCUCGGGCAUUGGGGUCGCAUCGUCGCUGGCCUAGAGGAGAUGCGCAGCUCUGGAAUGUCUCAGUUGCACAGCACAUGGAUCGACGCCAAAGCGUUCACCCUCUUCGUCGCCAACCCGGCGCACGACGUGAAGAGAGGCAGCGAGAGGUCACCACACACACCGGGCGGCUCGUUGGCGCUGGGCCGUAAUUUCGAGUUUCAUAGGAGCUCGCAGCAGUCGAGUAAACGUCCAUCCCUGCAUGAGGAGUGCGAGGUGGACGGGCCAGGCCAGGCCUGGGAGGCCAUCCGUUUUGUGCUCCUCGUUGUCCUCCACCCUUUCACCAAGUUUCGGAUUCUGUGGGACCUCGUGGGCAUGGUGUUCUGCCUCUACGACGUGACGAUGCUUCCGGCGCAGGUGUUCGAGUUUCCUGAAGGCUACCUCGUCAUCCGCUGGUAUUACGAUUGGAUCUCUGGUUCUUUUUGGUCACUCGACAUUUUGCUGAACUUCAGCACGGGUUAUCAAAGACAUGGUUUAGUCGAAAUGCGAAAGGACAAGGUGGCGUCGCACUACAUCCGCUCGUGGUUUGUCCCAGACCUGAUCAUCACGAUAUUCGGAUGGUUUUCCAUCUUCCUCAGCAUCAGCAACUCCGGGAUAUUUCGCUUUGGCAAGGCGGCCUCGCGAUCCUUGAGGGCGCUGCGGCUCUUGCGGAUGCCCAAGAUCAACGCCUCGUUCAACCAGAUACUGAGCUCGAUGAACUCGGAGAGCCUGACCAUACUAGGAGGCCUCGUCAAGUUCCUGGUGAUCCUGAUUCUGGUGACCCACUACGUGGCGUGCGUGUGGUAUUGGUUGGCCGAUGCAGACGGCCACACCUGGAAGGACCGCUUUAUGGACUCUGGCGAUUCCGAGAUGUACGGCUAUUUUAUCCUGGCCGGCGGACAUCCAUGCACUGGGCCCUCACGCAGUUCACGCCCGCAUCUAUGGAGGUCGUGCCAGUGA